AUGGGAAGAAAGGGAGAGAGAGAUAGAGAGAGAGAGAGAGAGAGUUCACCUUUGGAGUACUCCCUUUAGGCAGGCCACCGAGGGCUCCGCCAUGAGCGUUCCCCGAGAGAAGAUCAUAAAUCUCCUCGUUGUAGAUCUCUAAUACUGCAACCUGGACGAAGAGGCCGGCUCCGAAACCCUCGUCAUCUACGCCGCUGUUCUCCUCCUCCUCCCCUUCCCCCAGGAUAUCCCUCAGAGCUCUGUAAACUAUGCCCUGCUCCUUGA